CGAAAAUUUAACAAUCUCGUUAUUGUCAUAGAUUCAAGCAACUGCCAUAAAUACCAGCCCCUGCUCGAAAGUCAAAUCAGUUUCAAUUUCUUCCUCAAUUCGACCAAUAAAGUAAAUCAUCUGAGAGAACUUGAUACCUGCUCAAACAUGUUGAAAAUCACGACUUUGGCUGUUUAUUCGGCAAUCUUCCUCGUCUCAGGAAGUUCUGAUUGGUGGGCACCGAUUCCUCGGUCUACAUCAUCUGUUCCCAGGACUUUUGCGGCGAUUGGCCCGGGUCUCCAACUCUGCCAGUCAGUCGACGUGACCGCGGCCACGUGUUGCUACACCUUCGAAAGUGGAACCACUAUUUGUGACAUUUAUUCCUGCAUGAAUUCGGGGCCAAAGCCAGUGCCCGAGUUGGAAGGCCCGAGGAUUCCAAUUGGGGAAUCCGAGCAUGGGAUUCAUCACUUGUACACGUGUUGCCAACCCAAUUGUGGAGUAAACGGGUGCAGUCCAGUGUGUCGAGAAUGUGACCUUUGA